CCGUUAAGGAUAAAAGGUAAGGGUGAAAUUAUACAAGACAUUUGUAAAAUACCUGGACCAAAUGGAAUGGAAAUCCCUGUUUCACUUGCAAUUGCCUGUAUACUUCACACUUGUUGGCUGUUGAUCUACUCAGCCUAAGACAAAACUUGUAGUUUCUAUGAGAAAGAAUCUCCAUAAACGUCCGAGUUAACCCACAUCCGAGCUGAUUGGAAGUCUCCGAUAGCCGCUGCUGUGGCUUGAAAUUUCUAGAAAGAGAAAGUGGAUAUAUGGAGAGAGAAAGUGUUGUGGCUUCGCCUACCAAUUCCCAGCAAACUGUUUCCGAUGAUGAUGUGAUAGAUUACUCCACGAAACCAGAAUUUUAUGAUUCAGAUGUAGAUGAGAAGGAUGAAGUAUGGGUCACCAGAAAAAGGAAAGGCCGACAAACAGAUGCUGUGCUCAGCUGUCCGGCUUGUUUUACAACUCUUUGCUUGGAUUGUCAAAGACAUGAAAUCUACCUGACACAGUACAGGGCUAUGUUUGUUAUGAACUGUGAAGUCACCAACAAAAAGGUGGUCCCACAAGGAAGCAAGAACAGGAGAAAGAAGAGGAAUACAAGAGCCCCUGUACAAGUUGAAGAAGCAAGUACAGUGAUUGAAGAAGAAGCUAGGCAAGUAUGCUGCUCAGUUUGCUCUACAGAGGUUGGAGUUAUUGACAAGGAUGAUGUUUAUCAUUUCUACGAUGUCCUUCCAAGCGAGUCUUAGAAUCUUCAAAGACGACAGACAAAGGUAUCAAAGAUACCACUGUUGCUAGAUGCAGGUGUAGCAACGGCCAACAAGAACAGAUUGUUGAAGUUAGGGUUUUUGGAAUCGAGUGCAAUCCCAAUGAGGCUCUACUAUAAAUGUAAAGCUUGUUGUUUCUUAGUUGGAAAAGGAAGAAGAUUUGACUAGAUAUGGAGGACAAAUGAGGUAUAUGAGUGAAGCAUAUGGAGGACAAAUGUCUACUACACUCAAAACAUAAUUGAUGGUUCUAAGGAAGCAGUUCAGGCAAUUACAAAAGAGCAUGAAGAUUAUGAUGAUUUUUGGUCUUUAAAUACUUGUUAUUCUCAUUAAGAAUUAGGUUAUAUAAUGUUAAUUAAGUUUCAAUUUAGGGUUUAUUGGGUAUUUAUUUCUUAGUAAAGGAAUGUGUAAUGGAAUGGAUAGACCAUGGAUGGUACUUAUUUAUUUGAAAUGGAAUGGAG